AUGAAAUUGCAGAGGGCCAAACUAGAUGCAGAUUUGGGAUUGCUGGGCCACCAAAGAGAGGCAGCAGCAACUUUGGCUCAAGCCGAGGCAUUGGAAGCAGCCAUGGAGAUGGAAACUGGAUUGUCAGUCAACAAAAUAAGCACACCACUUCCUCCAGCAGACAUCACUCAGCGCACGAAAGACUACGUUCAGCAACAAGCUGAAUUUCAAACUGGUUUUUCAUCAAUGCCAAGCCUCGAACCUGCUUACAACAUGAGACCCCCCUCACCACUGAAUCCUGCCAAUGCUGAAGUCACAUCUUGUCCCCUGCAAUGCAGUCCGACGUCAGUGGGAAACCAGACACGCCCCCAUUCCCCCCAGAAGACCCCUGCAGGAGAUCAAGGUAAUGACUUUGCCAAGUAUCUUGCACGCCGUGAGUUAGUCAACACAGGACUCACACAUUUUGAUGAUCGACCCGAAAACUACAGAGCUUGGCGAUCAUCAUUUCACAAUGCAACAAAGGACCUGGGUAUAACACCAAGCGAAGAGCUUGACCUGCUAGUGAAGUGGCUGGGGAAAGAAUCAUCAGACCACGUCAAAAGAAUCUGUGCUGUGCACAUAAAGGACCCGACCACAGCUCUGAAGAAGUCAUGGGAACGGCUGAAAGAGCAAUACGCAGCACCAGAGGUCAUCGAAAGCGCCCUCUUUCGCAGACUGGACGGUUUUCCACGCAUCAACAGCAGAGAUCCGCUCAAGUUGAGACAGCUUGGUGAUCUGCUCAUGGAAGUCCAAUGCGCGAAGGAAGACGGAUACUUACCUGGUCUCAGCUACUUGGACACGGCACGUGGUGUCAAUCCCAUAGUUGAGAAAUUACCACAUGGCCUGCAGGAGAGAUGGAUCACCAAGGGAUCAAGGUACAAAAAACAACACAAUGCCUGCUUUCCCCCAUUCUCCUUCUUUGCUGAAUUCAUCUGCUCAGAAGCCAAAACCAGAAAUGACCCGAGUUUCACCAUCUCCAGCAACAACAGUGGCCCCAUGAGAGCAGACAAACCCACCACUAGAAACACUAGUAUGAGAGCACCGAUAUCCGUACAUAAGACAGAUGUCUCCAUAGUGGCUGAAUCGAGUGCAGACUCUGACGCAAAGAAGAGCGAUCCCGGUAAAAGCUGCCCCCUCCAUCAAAAACCACAUCCCCUGAAGAAAUGCAGGGCUUUCAGAGCAAAGACCAUAGACGAGCGAAGGGCCUUCCUCAGAGAAAAUGGAAUUUGCUUCAAGUGCUGCGCAUCAAUCUCUCAUCUUGCGAAGGAAUGUGUGAUUCCACUGAAAUGCACCGAAUGCAACAGUAAUCAUCACAGCACAGCCAUGCAUCCUGGUCCUGCCCCCUGGACUCUGAAGGCCUUUACCCCCACACCACAGCAUGGCGGGGAGGAGGAAGUUGCCCAAUCCAGCCCACCUGUUGUCAACUCACAAUGCACAGAGGUAUGCGGUGAGGGCCUAUCGGCAAAGUCAUGUGCCAAAAUAUGCCUGGUGAAAGUUUACCCACAGGACCAACCUGAGAGUGCUGUCGAGAUGUACGCAGUAAUAGACGACCAGAGUAACCGGUCACUGGCGAAAUCUGACUUCUUUGAUCAGUUUGACAUCCGAAGCAGCCCAUCACCCUAUUCCCUUAGAACCUGUGCAGGAGUUACAGAAAUGACAGGGAGGAAAGCUGAUGGUUUCCAGAUUGAAGCUGUGAAUGGAGGAGUAAGCCUGCCUCUCCCUCCUCUCAUCGAGUGCAACGAGAUCCUAAACAACAGGGCAGAGAUACCAACGCCUGACGUAGCUCUUCACCACGCCCACCUGAAGUCUGUAGCACCAUACAUCCCCAAGUUGGAUCCGAAUGCUGAAAUCCUUUUGCUGCUAGGGAGAGACAUCCUCAGGGUACACAAGGUGAGAGAGCAGAUAAACGGCCCACACAACGCCCCUUUUGCUCAGCGACUUGACAUUGGCUGGGUCCUCAUCGGUGAAGUCUGUCUGGGAGAUGCAUAUGUGCCAACUGUAAACAGCUUCAAAACCCAUGUUCUGGAGAGCGGACGCCCCUCUUUUCUGGCUCCAUGCAAGAAUCACAUCUGCCUGAGAGAGAAGGCAACUCACAGCGGGGAGCAGCAGGAUGCUUCAUCACGGACGCUCAUCAGUAACCCAGUCAGAAGACCAGCUGAUGACAAACUCGGAAGAGAAGUAUUCAGAACAACCCCUGAAGACAACAAGCCAGCUCUCUCCAUCGAAGACACAAUCUUUCUACAGAUGAUGGAUGGAGAAUUCAAGAAAGAUGACACCAACAGCUGGGUAGCUCCAUUGCCGUUCAGAACACCCAGACCUCAUCUUCCAAACAACCGGGAGCAUGCUGUCACCCGUCUUUUAUCUCUACGACGCAGCUUAGAUAGGAAGCCGGAGAUGAAGAAGCAAUUUAUCGACUUCAUACAGAAGUUAUUCGAAAACGACCACGCAGAGAAAGCACCUCCUUUGAGAACCGGAGAGGAGUGUUGGUACCUACCAACCUUUGGCGUAUACCAUCCACAAAAACCGGAGAAAAUACGAGUAGUCUUCGACUCGAGUGCUCAACAUCAUGGAUUCUCCCUCAAUGAUGUUCUACUCACCGGCCCAGACCUAAACAACAGCCUGCUGGGAGUUCUAAUACGGUUCAGGAAAGAACCUGUGGCCAUCAUAGCCGACAUCCAGCAGAUGUUCUACUGCUUCGUUGUGAGAGAAGACCACCGCAAUUACCUCCGAUUCCUGUGGUACAGAGACAACGACACCACAAAGGAUGUCAUCGACUACCGCAUGAAAGUGCACGUCUUCGGAAACAGUCCAUCCCCUGCGGUCGCCAUGUACGGUCUGAGACGAGCCGCGCAAGCAGGUGAACAAGUCCAUGGCGCAGACACUCGAGAGUUCGUCGAAAGACAUUUCUACGUUGAUGAUGGACUCAAAUCUCUGCCGACAGAGGAAGAGGCCAUCGACUUGCUGCAGAGAACCCGAGCAUCGCUCGCUGAAUCCAACCUACGACUGCACAAAAUUGCUUCAAACAGCACCACUGUGAUGCAGGCCUUCCCCGCCGAUGAUCAUGCCAAGGGCAUGAAAGAUUUCGGCACAGGAGAUGAGACUGGACCUGUCCAACGCAGUCUAGGACUUUCCUGGGAAACCACGACAGACACCUUCACCUUCAAGGUAUCGAGUGGCGACAAACCAUUCACACGCCGUGGAGUCCUGUCGACAGUCAACAGUCUCUUCGAUCCACUUGGCCUUGUAGCUCCAGUCACCAUACAAGGCAGAACCAUACUGCGUGAACUCACCACUGACACUUGCAGUUGGGAUGCACCCCUCCCUGAAGGAAAGCUGAAAGAAUGGGAAGCAUGGAGAGAUUCACUUCAGGAGUUGAAGAAUCUUCACAUCCCACGCACCUAUUCUUCGAAGUCCCUUUCCAAGGCACAGCACACCGAGUUGUGCAUGUUUUCAGACGCAUCCAUCAAAGCCGUCGCUGCAGUUGCCUAUCUCAGAACUGUUGACGAAACUGGACAAGUUGACGUGGGCUUCGUUCUGGGGAAAGCUAAGUUGACUCCUCAGUCACAACCAACCAUACCCCGUCUAGAGCUGUGCGCUGCAGUCCUGGCAGUAGAGGUAGCAGAACUCAUCCUAGACGAAAUUGACAUCAAGCCAGAUGCCGUGAACUUCUACUGUGACAGUAAAGUCGUGCUCGGGUAUAUAUACAAUGAAACCAAGCGUUUCUACGUGUAUGUACACAACCGAGUCCAGCGCAUCCGACAGACAACACAGCCAGACCAGUGGCACUACUUCACAGGACCAGCUUUCCUACACAAACCAGGCAAAGCUGACGCGGAGAACCAAGAUUCCUUGGAGCUGGUUGCCCCGGACUCAGAUGCAGAAAUUCGGCCCGAGGUGAGAAGUUUCAUCACCAAGACCGAAGAGAGACAGCUCACACCAAAGCGCUUUGAGCACUUCUCAACUUGGAAAUCACUCCUGAGAGGUGUUGCGUUCCUCAUUCAUGUCACUCACUCCUUCAAGAAGGACCUGGCAGACCAGUCAGCGGAAUGCAGAGGUUGGCAUCAGUGCAACAAACCACGCACUCCAGAUGAGUUGGCUCAAGCCAAGAGUGUCAUCAUCAAGUCAGUUCAGGGAGAUGUCUACUCCGACGAGUUUGCGUCUCUUGAACAGAAGAGCGAUGUUUCUACUUCAAGUUCACUCUCGAAGCUGAAUCCCACACUAGAAGACGGAUUCAUCAAAGUAGGAGGCCGUCUGAAGCAUGCACAGCUGGACAACAGCGAGAAAAAUCCCAUUCUCCUACCAGGACGCAACCAUGUUUCUACACUGCUGGUACGACACUACCAUGAGCAAGUGAAGCAUCAAGGUCGCCACUUCACUGAAGGAGCCAUCCGAGCAUCAGGCUUGUGGAUUGUCGGCGGUAAGAGGCUCAUCAACUCUGUCCUACAUAAGUGUGUGACAUGCAAGAAACUUCGUGGGAGAAUGGAAGAGCAGAAGAUGGCUGACUUACCCCCAGAGAGACUCGGCACAUCACCACCAUUCACCUUUGUGGGCUUAGAUGUCUUCGGCCCGUGGACAGUCGUCGCCCGCCGCACCAGAGGAGAUCAAGCUCAAAGCAAACGCUGGGCGGUGUUGUUCACUUGCAUGAGCACGAGAGCAAUCCACAUAGAAGUCAUAGAGGCCAUGGACACUUCAAGUUGCAUCAAUGCACUCCGGAGGUUCUUCGCCAUCCGUGGACCAGCAAAACAGCUGAGAUCGGAUUGCGGAACGAAUUUCAUCGGAGCCUGCAACGAGUUACAGCUUGGAAAGGAGCAGCAGCAGGGGAAUGAUGUUCAACACUACCUCAGCGAACAUGGCUGCACUUGGGAAUUCAACCCACCCCACUCAUCACACAUGGGAGGUGCCUGGGAGCGGAUGAUUGGAGUAGCACGUAGAAUCCUCGACUCCAUGAUGCUACAAAACAAAUCUGGCCUGUCCCAUGAAGUCCUGUGCACCUUCUUAGCCGAAGUUACAGCCAUCAUCAAUGCAAGACCGCUGGUUCCAGUCUCUACCGAUCCCGGCCCACCGUUCAUCCUGACACCUGCCAUGCUACUUACCCAGAAGGUUGGUGCACCUCCUCCUCCUGGAGACUUCACUGACAAGGACCUGUUCAAGAGCCAGUGGAGACUAGUGCAGAGUCUCGCAAGCAAGUUCUGGUCCCGCUGGAGCCACGAGUACCUCCCCACCUUACAGAGUCGGCGAAAGUGGACGGAAACUCGUCGCAACCUUCAAGAGGGAGACCUGGUACUCUUGAAAGACAAGCAAGUUGCCCGCAACGAGUGGCCCCUGGCGCUAGUUACUUCCACCUUCGUAGGAGACGAUGGGAAGGUCCGCACCUUGGAAGUGAAGGUCACCGCGCAAGGCACCACCAAGAAGUUCGUGAGACCUAUCGCAGAAGUCGUACUGCUGCUACCCAAAGAGGACUGA